CAGAAAUCUCCUCCAUCCUGUUGUGGUGGUAUUCCAGGCAUGCAAGGGUUUCCAGGCCGUGACGGACGUGACGGCCGAGAAGGACUCGAAAGGUGACCCGGGAAGCCCGGGAAAGACUGGGCCUCGGGGACCUGCUGGUGUAAAUGGAAAAGAUGGAGCUAAAGGGGGAGCCUGGUGUACAGGGGUCCACCUGGUCCAAAAGGAGAGCGUGGACAAGGUUUAAUGCCCUUUAAGAACUGGAAAGAGUGCGCUUGGAAAGAUUUAAACGAUGACAAAGACAGCGGUUUAAUAAAGGUAAAGUUACAAGAACUCUUGGUCCCCAUUUAUCUUUUCUGCUUUUAUGUUAUUAUACCCAAGCGAUUUAACCAUUCUUUGUUUAUUUCCGUCAUAUUUAGGACUGUGUCUUCACCAAGAACUUUUCUGACACCGCUCUUCACGUUGCCUGGACUGGUGCGCUAAGAAUCUACAAGUGUACAGCCUGUUGCAAACGCUGGUACUUCAGUUUCAACGGCGCAGAGUGUUCAGCUCCCUUACCCAUUGACGGUAUUGUGUACAUGUGGCAAGGCAACACUCAAAACAUCCACCGCGUCCGCCAUAUUGAGGGGCAUUGUAACAACAUUCACAAAGGAACGGUGCGCGUGGGAUUUUGGGUUGGUAAUUGUCGAGAUGGAUCACCUGGUAACGCCUACACGGGCUGGCAAUCUGUUUCCAGGAUCUUCAUUGAAGAAGUUCCUAAGUCUCAGGCCUAA